AUGAAUAGAAUUAAUAUGGAUGGAUUUCGCAAAGUAAUUAGUGAAAAUGAACAUCUCUAUUUAGACGAACCAGGCAAUAUUGAUGGUAUAAUUUCAACAUUAUCACCUGUAUCUUGGCUUCAUAUAGAUGAAGUAAGUAUAAAUAAUGGAAAAUUUCAUGAUAAAGAAGGUUUUAAUGGAUCAGAACAAAUUUUAAAGGAUUUAACAUAUGGUAAGUUUGUUAUUAAUUAUUAA